CUCGUGACCCCCAAGAAUCUUAUUCUUUCUUUUACUUUCUCUUUUAGCUGCUAUAAUCACAGAAAACACACAGUGCAGCCUCUGAAUGUCAUUUUCUUUGCCAUUUAAGGUUAUUUGUACCUUGUAUCAUACAGUUCCUGCAUUUUAAACCAUCAACUUCUUUUCUUGGGACUUUGUUGUCAUGUUUUAUAUAUUUUUUGGGUGGAGAAAAGCUACUAAAUGUAAAGAUUUGAUUAAGAGGGUUAAGUGCCGGCUUAAGCUGCUGAAAAACAAGAGAAGUUGCAUUAUCAGACAGUUGAGGGAUGAUUUAGGGGAGCUACUCAGACAUGGGCAUUACCAAAUUGUUUUUGACAGGGUUGAGCAGCUUUAUAUGGAUGAUAAUAUGUUGGUAGUGUAUGAGUUAUUGGAGAAUUUCUGUGAUUUUAUCCUCAUGAAUCUUUCAUACAUCCGUAGACACAAGGACUGUCCAAAUGACAUCAAAGAAGCAGUGUCAAGUCUCAUAUUUGUAUCAGCAAGAAUUGGAGAUUUACCAGAGCUUUUAGUGAUCAGGAAGCUCUUUGGCGAGCGUUAUGGGAAGAAAUUUGAAACAUCUGCCCUCGAAUUACUUCCUGGCAAUCUUGUGAAUCAUCAGUUAAAAGAGAACAUGUGCAGAAAGUCUGCUUCAAAUGAAGUGAAAUACAGAUUGGUGGAUGAAAUAGCAAGGACUUGCUUUCGACGAGGACCUUUGCUUCUUGAAUACAGAAAUGAAUCACAGCAUGAGAUGGUAAUUAACGAGCAAGAAAAAGUUUCAAAUUCUGCUCGGUCUAGUGUUUCGUUCCAAUCUGCAAUUUCUAGUCCUGAGCCUGUAAAAAAAACCGAUUCUUGGAAGACCAAUAGCUUCACUUUGGGGCAGAAGAGAGAGAGAAGAGAUAUCGAAAGUUCAGCUCAAUUAGACAAGGAGAUGAUAUACUUGGAUGAUAUUGAGGAAUUUGAGACUAUUUUGAAUUUCCAAGAUCAGAGGCUAUUCAUAUUCAAAGGACCUCUCUUUCCCUUGAUGUUAAAGAUAGAUACUGAUUGGAAUAUGAAUAUUUUUCCUGCCCAAAAGCCAAGAUUUGUCGCUAUAAAGGAUGCAUCAGUAAAGGAUCAAGAAUGUUGUUCCUUUACAUUCUCAUUAUCAUCAGAAAUGACUGAUCUAAGAUCAAGAAAUGAAAAUCAGCAGCCUUAUUUGAGGACAAUUACUAUGCCAACUGAAAGGCCUAAACAUAAUCUCGCGAACAACUUCCUUCGAUCAAAUUCAUUUCCAUUUCAAGAGUCCGGAAAAGGAUCACCUAUGAAUAGUCAUGUACAUCCUAAGCUCCCGGAUUAUGAUGAAUUAGCAGCUAAGUUCAUUGCUCUUAAGAAAGACAAACUGCAAAAAAACUUAAUUGCUUUACCACCGGAAUGAGUCCAUCUUCACUCUACAUCAGGCAGGAGUAGAUUUGAGUGUUUUUUUUUGUUUUAUUCUUUAUUCAUUAGAGUAGCAUAAGAAAUGCGUUGCGCAUGGAGAUUUAAGAGAGAUGGAAAGAAUGUGAUUUGUGUUUUUUCUUUCUUUGUAUUUUUCUGAUAAGGGUUUCACAUAAAGUGAAACAUUGUUAGUAAUUUUUCCGCCAAGGUUUCACUUAAGCCUGUGAAUAUAUGAGUUGAAAAUUCAGAAUUUAGAAUCAUUAA